GAUCAAGGUUCCUGGCUGGGUCCGGUCCCGGAGCCUUCCAAGCAUCGGGAUCCGGGGUCUGAAGAGGGCGCCCUAGAGCCGGGCGCAUCGCGGUACCCGCCGGGGGUGGGACUUAGUCUGUCCCCGCCUUGGGCGGAGUCACCGCGCUUUGAGACUCGCCCACAAGGUCCGAGCCACUCCGAGGUGGCCUUUCCCGGCGGAAGUGAAGGAGCCCCGAGGGGAGGCAGCGAAAGUGGCUGCGUUGCUGAAGCCCGUGCGCAUGCGCCCUGCGGCUGGUUGCCGCUUUUUGGGGCGGUACUCUGCCCUGUCUUCUUUUCUCCACGUGAGGGGGUGCGCGAAUUCCCAGUGGUGGCCGCGCGCUCCGCACCUCUGCAGUUCUCGUGCCCCUUACGAUGGCGGGCAUCCUGUUCGAGGAUAUUUUUGAUGUGAAAGACAUUGACCCAGAAGGCAAGAAAUUUGACCGAGUAUCUCGGCUGCACUGUGAGAGUGAAUCUUUCAAGAUGGACCUCAUCUUAGACGUGAACAUUCAGAUUUACCCAGUGGACUUGGGUGACAAGUUCCGAUUGGUCAUAGCUAGUACUUUGUAUGAAGAUGGUACCUUGGAUGAUGGUGAAUACAACCCCACAGAUGACAGGCCUUCCAGGGCGGACCAGUUUGAGUAUGUCAUGUAUGGGAAAGUAUACAGGAUUGAGGGGGAUGAGACCUCAACCGAAGCGGCGACACGUCUCUCUGCCUAUGUGUCCUAUGGGGGCCUGCUCAUGAGGCUUCAGGGUGAUGCCAACAACUUGCAUGGAUUUGAGGUGGAUUCCAGGGUGUAUCUGCUGAUGAAGAAACUGGCCUUCUGAACCUCGUGGGAAACCAGCCCUGCUGCUUAGUCAUUCAAGUCAUGGACACUGUUCGAACCUGAGUAGAAGCUGGCGUUGCUGACCUGUGAAAGGAACUGGCUCUGUGUCCACUCUGGAUACAGCUUCAGUUUGUCUGAAUUCAGUGGAAAAGUGACUUGUCUGUAGAAGGUGCAGCGGGAGAGCGCAGCAUGAAUCUCAAGUUGUGUAUGAUUUUUUUUUUUUUUAAAUUAAAGCUUACUUUUUCAGA